AUGGCGAGCCGCGAUUGGGUGAAGCUGGCGGACAAGGAGGUCAAGAUUUACGAUUACAUGAUCAGCUGUAAGGACAUGGUUUUGCCUUGGAGCUCCGAUUUGGGGAAGAUUGAGGAGUUCAUGGCGGAGAAAGGCCGUGUACUCAAGAAAAUGUACUCAGAUUUGGAUGUGGUUUGUGGGAAUGUGUUGACUGUGAGUCAGGCGCAGAAUUUAAUUCAGGCUGGUGUUGAUGGGUUGAGGGUUGGGAUGGGGUUUGGCUCCAUUUGUACUACUCAAGAGGUUUGCGUCGGCGGCAGGGGACAGGCAACUGCUGUUUACAAGGUUGCAUCUGUUGCUUCACAAAGUGGUGUGCCUGUUCAACGAAGGGUACUUCUAUAUGCUCAUUGUUCUGCUACUGUGGCAGUCCUUUUGAAAGAAUGUCGAGAUAUACAGCUUCGUGGUGCAUCUUCGGUUCAUGAUAGUUAUGACAAUGCUGUUGUGGUGCACUCGGAAUCUGAUGCUGAAAAAGUCAUAUCUGAACAUCUUUUGACCUUCAAGGACAUAAAUGGUCUGGUUCAGCAGAAUGCCCAGCUCAGGAGUCUUGUUCGCAAUCUUUCUGACCAGCUUGAAAAUAGGGAAAAGGAGUUCAAGGAAAAUUUUGAAAAGGAGCUCAAGAAGCAUACUGAGGAAGCUGCUUCUAGAGUUGAGGCUGUAUUACAAAGAGCUGAAGAGCAAGGGCAAAUGAUUGAAUCCCUUCACACCUCUUGUGGUGGGGAUGAAAUAAUUGCUCUGCUCUGA